AUGAGUGUUAGUAUUGAUCCUCUUCACAAAAUCUCUCCAUGGAAGGAAACUUGGAGUAUUGAGGCUAAGAUCUUGACCAUUUGGGAAGAUGCUUUCAUUGUUAAUGAAAAUAUGCAGAAACUGUUACAUGUAAUCUUGAUGGAUAAACAACACAAUAAGGUCCAAGCAACUGUUGAGGAUGAUUUGAUCAAAACUUUUGUUCAUCAGUUAAAAGAAGGACAUGUAUGCAUUAUUUCUGACUUCAAAGUGAUACCUAAUGGUGGAUUGGUUAGGGUUACAAGACAUCGAUUCCGGAUCCUUUUCAAGUGUAGUACUUCUGUUGUUGCAGCUCCGAAUAAAGUCAUACCUAAUCCUGGUUUAAGUUUAACCUCUAUGGACGAGAUUCUUCAAAAGCGCACUGGUUAUGAGUACUUAAUAGAUUUUGUUGGGAUGCUGUGCGGAUUGAAAAGGAAAGUGGAUGUUGAGUGUAAUGGAAAGAUAUUGAAAGUUAUUGUGCUUGAGGUUUUUGCUGAUGGGAAGAAAAUUCCCUGCAGUCUUGUUGGUGACUGUUCUGCUCUUAUAGACAUCAGUAGUUUGCAAAAGUAUCAGAGACCGCCAGUUCUUAUUUUGCAAUCUUUCAAGAUCAAAAUCAUUGGAGAUAAAGUUAGCCUCCAAAAUGUGAUCAAUGUUUCUCGGGUUUCAAUCAACCCUGAUAUGCAGGAAACUGUGAAUUUUCUCAAUCAAUACCAUAUCGCAAGUCACCAUUUCAGUAGACUACAUAGUAAUCAGAUUGGGGAUUUGGUAUCUGUAAUUGAUGAUGAAUCUUUUGACUGGAAACUAAUACGGACUAUUGCUAAUCUCAAGGGAAACAAUGAGGUGUGUACUGUUAGGUUUUUAACAUGUUUUAGGUCUAUGUAA